CACCGUUCCCCUCCAAAUCCAUCCGAUCCAAUCCGCCCGCUCGCAGCUCAAAGGAAGGAAGGAAGCCGUUGACCAUGUCCGGCCGCGGCAAGGGCGGGAAGGGGCUGGGCAAGGGCGGCGCCAAGCGCCACCGGAAGGUGCUGCGGGACAACAUCCAGGGCAUCACCAAGCCGGCCAUCCGGCGGCUGGCUCGCCGUGGCGGCGUGAAGCGCAUCUCGGGGCUCAUCUACGAGGAGACCCGUGGCGUGCUCAAGAUCUUCCUCGAGAACGUCAUCCGCGACGCCGUCACCUACACCGAGCACGCCCGCCGCAAGACCGUCACCGCCAUGGACGUCGUCUACGCGCUCAAGCGACAGGGCCGCACCCUCUACGGAUUCGGCGGCUGAUUGACCUGCCGCUGCCGCUGCUCUGCUCCCGCUGUUCCUGUCUUCCUGUGGGUUUCUGAAAUUCUGAGUGCGUGCGUUGUGGUUGCAUCCGUCUGUGUAUGAAUAUGAAUGGAAUGGAAUAGAAUUGUUGGUCCUUGCGGUGUUAUC